GUGACAUAAAGCCGGAACAGGGGCGUGUUGUUUACUUGACAUCAGUGGUUCUUAACCUGGGUUCCAUGGAACCCGAGAGGUUCGUUCCGUGAGUCGGCCUCAGGGGUUUGGCCCAGGUCAAAACACACCCGACUCAUCGUGUAAAUACUAACUUCUCCCUAUCGGCGGAUUACGGAUGCGACAACAGAUGACUGAUUUGCAGUUGUUUCUAUUGCUGUUGUUUGUGUUGAGUCAUGCUUCCUGCCGUGGCGGCCUAUUACUUGCCAUGGGAGCUGCAGUGUGCUGGCGUGCAAGAAGGAGAGUCAGUGCGUACAUUUGGCAGACUGACCUGCUAUAAGCAAGACAAGUCCACGGCUACACUCACAGCUCAGCAUGCUUCCAAAGACCACCAUGUUGUCAUCAAUACCUCGCUUGUGGAACCCUUUCAUCCCAUAAUUGGAGCCCAGUAUUUGGUUGUGGGUGAGACAGAAACAGCUGCUGGGGUUGACAUGAUGGUGCGGGCUCGUGUGCUCAACUGCGUGGAUGGUGUGAACAUCCCCCUACUCCAGAAAGCCAUCAUGGAGCAGAGAAGCUUCUUUAAAGAAAGGGAGGGCCAACAGAAUGCAACUUGACUUGCAAAAUAUCCAGUAGGCCAAGCAAGUAGUAGACACGCUCUUCUAUUUCAUACAUACUAGUAUCUGGAUGUGACACUGACAAACAAUGGAAAUAAACUUAUUAUUUAUUGUAA